AUGAAGGCCACGUUCUUCGUUACUGUUGCUGCUAUGUUCGUCGCCGCUGUCUCUGCUGCUGGUGCAGGUGGAGGUGGAGGAAAGCGUCUGGAUGUUGACCAAGAAAUGGGUGGUGUUGCCAAUGAAGGCCGUGUCAGUGGUAUCUUGAACAACGCUCUCAAAGCUGGUCUUUUGGCUGACUCUAGCGAGGGUUACGGUCUUUCCCAGGAUGCCUUUUAA